UGUCGCAACACUCGCAUUGAAUCCUCGUCCAGGUCUUGCGAACGUCGGUUACUGCUCCAAGACGACAGACCGCAGUCGCUGUGUCCAUUGCUCGUGAUGGCUUUAGCCCCGGAGACUCGAGUCCUCCGGGUGAAGGACGCCUGACCAGUCAUAUGUCCAACUUAGACACUAUCACGCUGAUCCGAUGAACCCAUGGGGAGAACGAAGCCAACUCGUGCAACAAUGAAAGGUAUUCGGAAAUCUAGAAAAGGGGAAUCUACAAAGACACCAGGAGAGAUAGUCGCCUCAGACACCCUUUCAUCUCAAGCCACUGAAAAUGCAAAUCCCGUGCCUGACAGUGACGUGGCCACUGUCAGCCUGCUCACUGUGGAAUUCUUUCCAAGUCCUCCAAAAAGAGGCAGGAGAUGGAUGGGACAGACACAAGAAGCACGUCUGACCUCCACACCUGUCCACAGCUCCUCCACUGACGUCCUAUCCAGCAUAUCACAGACCCCUACCAAAGCAAAACAGGUGGAGCUGGAGUACACUGAACUCGUCACUCAGUUAAAGACGUCAGAGGUGGAAUCUCCGUGGUCUCGAAUCAAAACUCAAAGCAGACGUAGGAAGGCGGAUGCUUCCCAGCCGAGAGCAGUUCUUAAAAGGCUGGUUAAGGAGCCGGCGCAGACCUGCAGUCCAACCAACGCUCCCGCGGCCGAGUGCCGACGAGGCAGGACGCGGAUGGGACCGACGCAAGAAGCACGUCUGACCUCCACACCUGUCCACAGCUCCUCCACUGACGUCCUAUCCAGCAUAUCACAGUCCCCUACCGAAGCAAAACAGACGUCGGAGGGAGAUUCGCCGUGCUCCCAAUCGAAUGAAAUCAAAACUCAAAGCAGAUGUAGGGGGGCUGAUGCUUCCCAGCCGGGAGCAGUUCUUAAAAGGCUGGUUAAGGAGCCGGCGCAGACCUGCAGUCCAACCAACGCUCCCGCGGCCGAGUGCCGACGAGGCAGGACGCGGAAGGCCCAAAAGGACGCCACUGCUCCGAUAGCCAAACGCUUGAGACCAAGAUUUGAACUGGAGACGCUUGACUCAUCAUCUGAAGACGAGUCAUUGCUGCUGUCUUCAGACUUCUCGAUUGAGCGGAGUCGCCAUGAGGAACCGCCGCCGCCUUUGUCCUUCAAGGAGGAUGAGGGAAGUGAGGAGGAUGAGCUUCCAAGUUUCUUGAUGCAGGUUGACAAAAAGCCCAUUACAGGGGGAGUGUUUGUGUGGCACAAAUUCAGAAAUCAUCCAUUCUGGCCAGCAUUGGUGAAAAGUGUGAACCGUAAGCAUAAAAAAGCCAGCAUCAUGUUCAUUGAUGACCCAUGUAUUACCAAAAAAGGGUUUACUGUGGCCCUGAAAACUCUGAAGCCUUUUGACUGUGAAGAAGCCGAUGAGCUUCGGUGUAAAGCCAAAGAGAAGUAUAAUGCUGCAAUGGAGUGGUCCUGGGAGCUCAUAACAGAUUACAGGAUACGGAUAGCCUGUGGCUCAUUUUCUGGCUCCUUCAUCGAGUACUUCGCUCAUGACAUGAGCUAUCCAGUGAGGAGGACGUACCCGCAGGCCGCCUCUGAGAGACUAACCAUCACCAGUGACCCAAUGGUGGAGGCGCUGGGUGGCGGGCAUAAGGAGGACCGCUCCAGUGAGCAGCACGAGGAGGUCGGCAGGAGUCUAAAGAGGCUGCUGCCAGACCGGAGUCACGCCGCCCACAACCGCGCGAACGAGAAGCUCGUACAUUUCAUUGUGAAGCAGCGCAUGGCGGACGAACGCCUUCUGGCUGUGAUCCGUGGGCAGCAGCAGUCCAGGUGGCUUCGCUCCUUUCAGAGUGCGAGUCGGAGACGGGUGGUGAACAUUUACCUGGAAGAUGACCAGCAGCUGGACCAGGUCUACUGGUACCUGAACGAGCUCUACGCAACAGCCGGGGCCACCGCCCCUUUACUGGCAGAGAUCAAAUCGAUGGAGGAGCGUGUCCCCUUUGUUCUAGAUGUGCUUCUUCCUGAGGCCAUCAUCUAUGCCAUAGCUGGGGUGGACAAUGUCACAGUAAAAAAGGCAGAAGAAAAGUACCUCAAAGGACGAUGUAUAAGUAACCGGGAAAGGCAGGAGUUUGACUUGAUGAUUGACCGGCAGAUGAGGAAAAAAUCAAAGCGUCAGAAUGCUUGCGUGGCGCAUUGUGCCGACACCAUCAGUUAGCAGAGUAUUGUCAAACAGGAAACCUAUUUUUUUUAUUUGUUGUUGUUUUUGUUAUCAUUAUAGCAGAUUUGUGUGUGUUUUUAUAGUUAUGUGGACUCAUUUGACCCCUUUUAAGUUGCAGUGUAAAUUGUUUAAAAGUUGUUCAAAGGGAGGACUCACAGAAAACGCCACAAAAAUCAUUUUAAGAUGUCGUAAUAAUGAUCACAAUUGGUGGAAAAUCUGAACUUUCAUAACUACGUUACUGUUUACUAAGAAUAUACUGUAUACACUGCCUAAUCCCUCUCAGAGCUUUUCUCAUCAAUUAAAGAAUUGCUGUCUGUAUACGCUUGGGGGGCUUCUCUUUUUUUAAUGAAGCAUUUUGUCCCAGAGCAAAGGCUUUCACACAAUAAAGGAGUGACACGUGCCAAAUAUACAACUUUCAUCACAAUACAGAACAUACUGAGCCAACAGUGCGACCAUGAGGGAGCCAAAAAUGAACCCUUUCACUAAAAAUGUCACUUGUUUUAAAAAUGAUUUUUUUUAAACAUUACACUGCCAUCAUGUGCUUUUAACGGUAUUGAUUCUAGUUCAAUUUUUUAAUAAAAUUCUUUGAAGACCGCUUU